GCCUGAAUGUACAACGCACCUUCGGCCUCGCUCGCCUAUAUAACCACCACCAACACGAGCACUGAAACGCCUCCAUGGAUCGUAGCCUUCAGCUGAACUUUGUUCUUUCUUUCUAGCUCAAAGUUACACUGAUCCUAGCACAGUCACACACUUAGCUUGCUUGGUAUAGCUAAGUAGAGAGAGUGAUUCGUACUCUGUAAUCUUGUUUGUGGCAAAUUAGGGAGGGGAGGGGAGCUGGAGGAGUCGUGGGCGGGGGCGGUGCACCGGUCCGACACCGACAUGCACAGAGCGUCACCGUGGCACUUCCACCGCAGCAAGCGCGCCCCGUUCUCCGCCGCCCUCUCCGCCGCCAACAAGCUGCCCUGGCCGUCGCCGCGCCGCCUGGCUAACCAUGCCGUCCUCAUUUCUGGCCUCUCCUUCCUCUUCCGAUUCGUCGCUCCUCUCUUACCUGAUCCCUGCUAGGCCGCCCCCUCCCCUCCCCAUGGGACAGGGGUACAGUGCCAAUGGCGUUGGCGGUGCGCCGACGAGUGGCGUCGCGGAGGCCGCGAGUGCCGCCGGGGUGGCGGCUCCGAUGAGGCAGGGGAGCAGGCACGCGGGGCACCCACCGCUGCCGCGCCCGCCGCCGCGGGAGUGCCCGCGGUGCGGCUCCGCCAACACCAAGUUCUGCUACUACAACAACUACAGCCGCGCGCAGCCGCGGUACCUCUGCAAGGCGUGCCGCCGGCACUGGACCGAGGGCGGCACGCUCCGCGACGUGCCCGUCGGCGGCGGACGGAAGAACAGGCGCGGAGGCAGGGGCAGCGCCAACUCGAAAGCCUCCUCCGCAGAGACGGUGGCGGCUGCGUCGCAGGGCAUCGGCAGCGCCGACACGUUCCCGGACAUCCUGCGGCAGGUGCUGUUCCAGCCGGCCGCUGCCCUGGGCGGGGGUGGAUACAGCAUUGACCUGAGCGCGUGGCAGCAAAUGGCCACCUCUGCCACGCCGCCGCCGCCGCCGCCGGGAGCCGGCGAUGUUGGCACGCUCGGAGGAGCAGCGGCGGAGGCCAACUGCGGCGCCUUGCAGUACUGGAGCGGGUGGCAGCAAGAUGACAUGCUCGGCCUGGACGGUGCUUGCUAAGUACCAUAGUGCUUGUAUCAGUAUAUGUACGUGCUUAUCUACGUACGGAUAUACGCACGCGUGCCAUACGUACCAGCGUACACGUACUUCCUCUAGCUGUUUUCUGCUCGUAUUAUGUGUUCUUGGCUAAAUACUAGGCUUGUUAAUGUGUACUAUUAUUAUGUGCUUGCCUGUGAUAUUAGUUAUGGCCCAAGUUAAGUGACCACUCUUUAGCUUGCUCAUGUC